AUGACGGAGUACACGUCGCUCAUCGGGUCGGGAGAAUUGUACGACACGCCGCGGUACGAACGCGUGAAAACGCGACACGAAACGCACAAGAGCGGCGUCAAGGCGGUGAAACGCAUGCUGGAACAGCGCGGCGUGGCGUUCGAGUGCGUGGAGAGGCACGCGCUGACGGAGGAGUCGGUGAGAGGGCACGAUUUGAUCGUCGCGCUGGGCGGAGACGGGACGACGCUGAUAUCGGCGCACCACGUGAGGGACGCGAAAGUGCCGAUACUGGGGAUAAACACCGAUCCGGCGACGAAGGAUGAAUUGACGAAGAUGUAUCUGACGAACGCGUGCGUGGACGAGCGACGGUCGACGGGACAUCUGUGCGCGGCGAAUAGGUUCGACGCGGAGACGGUGCUGGACGGCGCGCUGCGGGGAACGCUGAAACCGACGAGAUUGGCGAGGAUACGCACGGUGCUGAACGGUAAGGUCUUAGAACCGGCGUUGAACGAUGUGCUGAUCGCCCAUCCGAGCCCGGCGGCGGUGAGUCGGUACAGCGUGCGAUUACCGCCGACGGCGCGCGGGGGCGACGGCUACGACGAGUCCGCGAAGAGAUUUUUUCACGUGCGCAGCUCGGGCGUGCGCACGUGCACGGCGAGCGGGUCCACCGCGGCGAUGUACAGCGCCGGUGGGGAGAUCAUGCCGCACGACUCGAUGUCCAUGCAAUACAUGGAUCGCGAGCCGAUUUAUUACGACCACGCGCCGCCGCCGAGCGUCGGGCACGGAUAUUACGAGCGAGGCGACGCGCUGUCGUUCCGAUGGAACUCGCGCGUGGGGACGAUUUACAUCGACGGCGCGCACGUCAAACACGACGUCGUUCUGGGAGAUGAUGUCGAGAUGUCCACGGACGCGCCCGAGUUGUCGCUCUUCGUCUCGAAAUGGUUCGUCGAGGCCCGACGCGUGCGCACGGGCCUCGACCGCGUCUUCAAAACGCGCGAGAACUGGGGUCGACGCAAGUAG